AUGGAAAACGAGUUAUAAGAGAACGAAAAAUAUGAUGUUCACUUAAUUAAUUUAGAAUAUUAAGAUGGAAAAUAGCAUGAAAACCUAAUUUCUAAAAUGAUGCUUCUUAGAGCUUACUCUAUACUAAAAGUAAAAAUGAUAAAGUAACGUAAAGAAAGCUUAGCUUGACAUUUUGGAAUCUGAUAAAAUUGAUGAUUUAAAUGAUGAGGAGAAGACUCUAAUUCUAUUUAAAAGAUUUUAAAAAUAAAUUGAUGGUUCAGAAUCAAAUUACUUAUCUUUAAAUCUAAUGAAAGAGUUACUCAAAUUUUUCAUAAGUAAUAUUAUAAUAUAUUCAUCAGAACCUCUUACAAGGGUCAUUUUGAUAUAGGUUUUACUUACUUUGGGGUAAUUAAUUUUACCAGUAUUAAUAAAAUUAAGUAUUGAUUGUGUAAUAGAUAAUGAGCAUAAAUUAUAAAAUGGAAUUAUUUUGAUUGUUUUAAUAUUGUUUAUUAGAUUAUCAAAUAUACUGAGUUAAUCUCAUUAAAGAAUGUUGAGUGUAAUACUAUAUCAUAAUAAGGAAAGAGAAAACUUGGGUACGAAUCAAUGAGUGUAAUCAGCAUGCUAAUAAUGUAGAAGAGUCUCAGAAUAUCUCUCCUAAGCAAUAAUGAUAGAAGUAUUGGAGAAAUAACAAACCUUAUGCAAGUUGACUCUUAAAAACUAAUACUCGCCUCAAACGAUUUAUUAAAUCUAGCAAUGAUUCCACUAUAUUUAAGUAUCUAUAUUAAUUUAUACUUAGCCAUAAGUUUGAUUUUAAUGUAUCAUCUCAUAGGAAUUUCAUUUACAAUUGGAUUUAUUAUCAUAAUAUUAACAAUUAUUUUGAACAUCAAGAAUGGUGAAAAUGUAAUCAAUUCAUAAGUGAAGUUAUUAUAAGCCAAAGACAAUCGGAUUAAGUAAAUAAAUGAAAUAUUUACCUAAAUAAAAUUCAUAAAAAUAAAUGCUUUAGAAGAAUACUUUUUAUCAAAAGUCUUUAAUUUACGAUAGAUUGAAAUUGGAUGUUUGAAAGAUAGAUUAUUUUAUUCUGCAAUCAUAAUAUUUUCAGGUUGGUUGGCACCUUAAAUUAUUCUCAGUUCUACAUUUGGUGUAUACAUAUACUUAGGAAAUAUCAUGAACCCCUCAAUAAUAUUUUCAAUUAUCAGUUUAUUUCAGAUCCUAUAAAUUACAAUCUAACAAUUACCAAUUUCAAUCACUGCAUUACUAGAAACAAAGUUAUGUCUAAAUAGAAUCUAAUAAUUCCUGACUUCUUAAGAGAUUAUGACAUAGUGUAUAAAUUAUAAGGAGUUCAGGGAUAGUGCAAUUGCUAUAUCUGUAAACAAUGGGAAUUUCUAUUGGAAUAGAAGUUAAGUUGAAAAAUCAGAGUUAAUUUUGAAGGAUAUUGAUAUGUUGAUUACUCCAGGAUAACUAGUUUCAAUUAUUGGAGAUGUUGGUUCAGGCAAAACAUCAUUUGUAUAAUGUUUAUUAGGAGAAAUGCUUUACAAGGAAGGUCCUAAAGUGCAGCUCUAUGGUUAAAUUGCUUAUGUGAGUUAAAAAGCAUGGAUCUAAAAUGCUACUGUUAGGGAUAAUAUUUUAUUUGGUAAACCUUAUCAUCAACAAAGUUAUGAGAGAGCCAUUCAUUUUUCCUGUCUCAAACAAGAUAUGGAAAUAUUAGUGAAUGGUGACUAAACUAUAAUAGGGGAGAAAGGAAUUAAUGUAAGUGGGGGACAAAAAGCAAGAAUAAGUUUAGCAAGAGCUAUUUACAGUGAGGCUAGUAUAUACUUACUGGAUGAUCCAUUAAGUGCAGUUGAUUCUCAUGUUGGUAAUUUUUUGAUGAAGGAAUGCAUUGUAAAUUAUUUGUAGAAUACAACUAGAAUAUUAAUAACACACUCCUUAAACUAUUGUAAGUAUGCUGAUUACAUUUAUUUAUUUGAUAAUGGCUAAAUAGUUGAAAAAGGCGUAUAUUCGGAUAUACAGUAGAGUAGAAGAUUUCAAAAUAUAGCUGAAAAGUGUAAUAUGGUUGAAGAGGUUAAUGAAAACAAUGUAUAGAUCUAANCUUAGCCAUAAGUUUGA